AUGGCGGCGCUGACGGCAGAGGCAGAGGCGGGAGUGACAGCGACCCCCGACAGUGCAGCCCCGCGGAGUGACCGGCCAGCCAACGCCACCCAGGCUGACUCCGUGGAAGGGCUUCUAGCCUUGAAGUUCUCCCACGCGUGCCUGGAAGCCCAUCACAGUUACUGCAUCAAUGGAGUGUGUGCCUUCCACCACGAGCUAGAGAAAGCCAUCUGCAGAUGUUUUACUGGUUAUACUGGAGAAAGGUGCCUAAAUCUGCAAUCGCCUUACCACGUGUGUUCCGGAGGGAGGGCCCCGUGA